AGACUCAUUUAAUAUGAAAAAUUGGAAGGUUUCUGUUUACAAUAAAGAGAAAGCGAUGGCCAAACCAGCUACAAAUGGAAGCAAUUUCGCACCGCACCAAUAUAACACACACUUCCACCACACAUCCACUCUUCGCCACGUGGACAAAACUCCCCCCCGCGCACCAAAUGCAGCAGUGUAGAAAAACAAGACAGCCUUCUUCACACGUCAUCCCACCCGCCCCGCUCCUUUGACUCCUCUCCUCUUCAAUAAACCCCCCCCAUCCUCCCAGCAACCCAUUUCCCUUUCUCAAGCCCAACGCAUGAACAAUAACGCUGCGUCGAACGAAGAAGAUGGGCAGAAAGGAGGAGAUUGUUCAGCUACAGAACAUCGGGGUUAAGGUUCCGAGCUUCUUCAGAUGCCCAAUCUCGCUCGAUGUGAUGAAAUCACCGGUGAGCCUCUGCACCGGUAUCACCUACGACCGUUCCUCCAUCCGGCGAUGGCUUGAUUCCGGCAAUAAUACCUGCCCCGCUACCAUGCAGCCUCUUCUCUCCACCGAUCUCGUCCCUAACCUCACUCUCCAGAGCCUGAUUAAUUUCUGGUCGGCUUCCGUUGCCACCGAUACAGCCACCUUUGUUCACCGCCAUCCAGCGGCCGAUAUUCUCCGCGAUCUCAGCUCAUCUGUAAAUCCUGCACCGUGCCUUAGCCGGCUUGCCGAUUUUCUCCUCGAUGCCGACAAUGACGAUUUCGACAAGAACCGCCUUAUCGGAUCUGGUAGCUGUGCGACCACACUUAGCGCCGUGGUUUGCAAAAAUGGCUCCCAGAUCGAAAUCCUGGAAGCUGCUUUCCGGGUUCUAGCCCUAAUCCUGACAUCCGAGUUCAUCGAGGAAAGCAAUAAGAAGCUCGUGAUUUCUUCCCUCGUCUCCAAUCUUGAUUCAUCCGUUUCCAGUCUGCUUUUCCUGCUGGGAAAAAACCCCGAUUCAAGAAUCGAAGCUGCUCGGGUUUUGGAUUCCAUCCUAACUUCGGAGCCGGACUCUAGGGUUCCCAUCUCGGAGAAACCGGAUCUCAUCCCGGAGCUGAUCAGAUUAAUCGGAUCCACGGAAGAAGGGGUCGGGAAGGAGAAGAUGGACAGAUCCGCGAUCGAGGUUGGUCUCGCGUGCUUGGUGACAAUCUCCGGCGUCCGGCGCGCGAGGGUGCUGAUGGUGAAGAAAGGGGUCGUCACGGCGGCAAAGAAUAUUUUAAUGGCGGAUGCAUCGACGGCCCCAGCGACUGCUGCGGAGAAGGCGUUAAAGCUUCUGGAGGUUGCUUCAGGGCUACCGGAGGGAAGAUCGACCAUUUGCGAGUCGGCGGAAGAGUUCGUAGAGGCGAUUCUGGGGAGGAUGAUGAAGGUGGGGAGAAAGGGUACCGAGGCGGCAGUGAUGGUUCUGUGGAGCGUCUGCCAUCUCUUUCGCGAUCAGCGGGCCGUGGAUGCGGUCAUGUCUGCGAACGGCGGCGUAACAAAGAUUUUGCUAUUGAUGCAGAGCGAUUGCUCGCCGGCGGUGAGGCAUAUGUCGGGAGACCUGCUGAAGGUUUUCCGGGUGAAUGCGAAGAGCUGUCUCGCGGGCUACGACACGAAGACCACCCACAUUAUGCCGUUCUGAGAAUUUGCGAACAUAAAAAUGUGAAAUUUACAUGUAAAUUGUAGGGUUUUAGUCAUGAAAAGAAUACGAAAAGUCAAUUAUUUUUCUUCAACUUUACACAGUGGUGAAUGGUGGUCCUUUUGACGGUUGCUGAUGGCUUGUGUUUUUUUGCAAUAUUAAAAAAAAAUGUAAUGGUA